GGGCUCAGAUUCACAUGCAAAUUCCCCUUUUAAUAAUCCUAAUGCAGGGAGCGCUCCAAUCAGAGCGCUAUCAGUCCCGGCUCCCGGAUACCUGAUGCCAGCUUUGCUGGUAAUGUAGGCCACCGAAGCAAAUCCAGAGAGAUUGAGUUGGAAGUGGGGAGAGGCUCUGAGAUCUAUUUGCUUGGCUUCCUGACAACGGGGGGUGGGGGGGUGGGGUGUCUAACUUCUUUUUUUCUUUUCCACUAUAAAUGGGAUAUCAUUUAAGAGGGAUCAUUAACUGAGAGCAGCCCAGCUGGGUCAAGGCUGGGAGGCGGGGACACAGUUGCAAGCAGCAAAGCAAGGUGGAGGCACGAAGACAGAAGACCAGGUUAAUGAAAGCAUGAGGUGGCUCUUGGGCAGCAGCUGGAGAAAAUUUGGACACGCUGACAGGGGAAACUAUGACUGGCUAAACAGUGAACCUGGUGGGCCACUUCUGGAAACAGAGCUUCAGAGCAGACAACAGAUAAGUUCAACCAAAGACGACAUAGAACCAUUUCUGUGCAUCAUAUUGCCUGCCACCAUGAUGCUCUUCCUGGCAUUUCUGCUGCUCUUCCUGUACCGCCGUUGCCAGCACCCCACUCCGCAGGGGCAGAUCUUCAGCAUCGACCUCCCCGAGGCCCUGCCCGAGCACGAUGUGUCCAAUUUCCUUUCCGUGCUGCCCUGGAACAGCGAACAGAGUUUCCACUACUCCACUCUGCUCCCCGAUGCCACGUUCCUCACUGUGUGUUUGCCUCCGUCCUACGAGGAGGCCACCAUGAAGACUUCCAUGGACGAGGCUCACAUUAAGCUCUCUCCAGAUCCAGUGCCUCCUUAUGAAGAGAGCACGCUGCAGUCCAGCGGCACCAAAUAAACUUCCUACGGAAGCACCUUAGCUGAAGCAUGCAGCCCCUCAAGGCACAAACGUGGAACUGCUAUGGCCUUUAAAAUUAGCAAAAAGAUUCUAAGAAGUGAGGCACCAAACCAAUGAAUUAAUGAAGGAAGAAACUUGGAGUAACAGGGAAUGAGUCUCUUCACUUUAUCCUAGAAUUCUCUACCUUCCAUUUGUGGUAUGCGUACACACACAGCAUAGCAUCGAAUCGGUCCCAGACUUGUAACAUGGGUAUUCCAGUUAAAGCAUGUCAUGCAAGGAUUAAACUUAAGGGCAGGUGGGAAUCUGUCUCUCUGCAAUCCCUCAGCUGCAAGGAAACAUGAAUUAUGCUACAGAUUCACCAGUCACAAAAAGGGCUUUUAGCACAUACCUAUUCUGGUUUGGCUUUUUCAUUUUUAUGUGUUUAUUUUUAAUUGAAUUUCUGACAAGCUGAUUCACUCCAUCUGUGUGUGUUAACGUCACAUCGUUCUGCAGUGCUCUGGAAUGAUUGCAACAGCUCUCAGGAAAGCAAAUGAAUAUAUAACCUCUACAAAAUUUCCAGCAACUGUCCCCAAAAGUUCAAACAUGCACUGUGGAUAAAGGCUGUCUUACCACAGUUGAACAAUGAGGACAACCAGAGAAGACCUGAUCAUUCUGGGUGAGGAAGACUCCAGCAGCACCACACACGAGCACACUCACACUGUUGCUGCAGGCUACUUGCCAACAUCUGCAAGGUCCUGAUGUUCCAGGCUACUGGCUUGACUUCUUUUCCAAUUUACAAGUCUUCAACAAUAAACCCUGUGACCUAUUUGGUGUGGCAUGUAAAGGAGUUGGGGAAAAAUUAAUAAAAUCAAAUGCACACACAAAAAAAAUCUGGUCUAUAUUUCAAAACAGCAUUAUACUCCCUUCCCCUUCAACACUAGGGCAAAGUAAAUCUCAUUCAAGUACAUUGGUGGCAGUGUUUCAGUUUCAGGAGGGCUUGCACGUGCAUACUUUUAGACAAUGAUGUAUGCUAUCUUUAAUUCUUUCUUACAGGAUAGCAGUUUCACUAUGUUGAUAGAUGCUUUUGUUAUGGAAGGUGGCUACUAUGGAUCCCACCAGCCUCAAAAGUUACGACAGCUUCUUCCUUGCAGGUAUCAGCUAUUCCAUGACAUUAUACUUGUCUGUGGCUUGCCAACAUAGCUACUACAU